AUGGAUUUCGGGUCACUGGAGACCGUGGUGGCCAACUCUGCCUUCAUCGCCGCCCGCGGCAGCUUUGACGGGAGCAGCACGCCGUCCUCCCGGGACAAGAAGUACCUGUCCAAGCUCAGGCUGCCCCCGCUGUCCAAGUGCGAGGCCCUCCGCGCCGGCCUCAGCCUGGACUUCGCGAGCCUGUGCUCCGAGCAGCCCAUCGGCAAGCGGCUCUUCCAGCAGUUCCUGCAGGCGGACGGGAGGCACGUGCCCGCCCUGCAGCUCUGGAAGGACAUCGAGGACUACGACACGGCCGACGACGACCUCCGGCCGCAGAAGGCCCAGGCCAUCCUGGCGGAGUACCUGGACCCGCAGGCCAAGCUCUUCUGUGGCUUCCUGGACGAGGGCACGGUGCGGAGAGCCAAGGAGGGGCCCGCGGCCAGCCAGGACGGGCUCUUGCAGCCGCUGCUGCAGGCCACGCUGGCGCACCUGAGCCGGGCGCCCUUCCAGGACUACCUGGGCAGCCUGCACUUCCUGCGCUUCCUGCAGUGGAAGUGGCUGGAGGCCCAGCCCGUGGGGGAGGACUGGUUCCUGGACUUCAGGGUGCUGGGCAAGGGCGGCUUCGGGGAGGUGUCUGCCUGCCAGAUGAAGGCGACCGGGAGGAUGUACGCCUGCAAGAAGCUGAACAAGAAGCGGCUGAAGAAGAGGAAAGGCUACCAGGGUGCCAUGGUGGAGAAGAAGAUUCUUGCCAAAGUGCACAGCAGGUUCAUAGUGUCCCUGGCCUACGCAUUUGAGACCAAAACUGACCUGUGCCUGGUGAUGACCAUCAUGAACGGAGGCGACAUAAGGUACCACAUCUACAACGUGGACGAGGAGAAGCCCGGCCUCCCGGAGCCGCGCGCGCUCUUCUACACGGCGCAGAUCGUCAGCGGCCUGGAGCACCUGCACCAGAGGCGCAUCGUCUACCGCGACCUCAAGCCGGAGAACGUGCUGCUGGACAACGACGGCAAUGUCCGAAUUUCUGACCUUGGGCUGGCCGUGGAGCUGGCAGACGGGCAGACCAAAACCAAGGGCUACGCGGGGACCCCAGGCUUCAUGGCCCCCGAGCUCCUGCGGGGUGAGGAGUACGACUUCUCUGUGGACUACUUUGCCCUGGGGGUCACGUUGUAUGAGAUGAUUGCAGCCAGAGGACCCUUCCGAGCCCGAGGAGAGAAGGUAGAGAAUAAGGAGCUGAAGCAGCGGAUCCUGUCAGAGGCCGUCACGUACCCGGACAGGUUCAGCCAGGCCAGCAGGGACUUCUGUGAGGCGCUGCUGGAGAAGGACCCCGAGAAGCGCCUGGGGUUCCAGGGCGGGACCUGCGACGCGCUCCGCGCCCACCCCCUCUUCAAAGACCUUAACUGGAGGCAGCUGGAGGCCGGGAUGCUGAUUCCCCCUUUCAUCCCAGACUCCAGGACUGUCUAUGCAAAGAACAUUCAGGAUGUAGGUGCCUUCUCCACCGUCAAAGGUGUGGUCUUUGACAAAACAGAUACAGAAUUCUUUCAGGAAUUUGCCACCGGCAACUGCCCCAUUCCCUGGCAGGAGGAGAUGAUCGAGACGGGCGUCUUCGGGGAGCUCAAUGUGUGGCGUUCUGACGGGCAGAUGCCUGACGACAUGAAGGGGAUCACGAUGCCAGAGGCGUCCCCGUCCAAGUCGGGAAUGUGUCUGGUUUCCUAG